CCGACAUUGCGCGCAAGACUAUCGCCGUCGUUACCGUCGACGGAGAUCACGCCCUUCACCUGAAGCAUGAAGCUCAACAUCGCCAACCUCGCGACUGGCGAGCAAAAGACAUUCGAUUUUGACGAUGAGAGGAAAUACCGUAUCUUCUAUGACAAGAAGAUCGCACAGGAAGUCCCCGGAGACUUGCUCGGCGACGAGUGGAAGGGCUACAUCUUCCGUAUCACCGGCGGCAACGAUAAGCAAGGUUUCCCUAUGAAGCAGGGUGUCCUUGUCCCCUACCGUGUCAGCCUCCUGCUCGCUGACGGCCAUUCGUGCUACCGAGCCCGCCGCACUGGUGAGCGCAAGCGCAAAUCCGUGCGCGGUUGCAUCGUCGGCCCCGACAUCGCCGUCCUUUCCCUUGUCAUUAUCAAGCAGGGCGAGAGCGAGAUCCCCGGCCUCACAGAGAACAUCCUGCCGAAGCGUCUUGGCCCCAAGCGUGCGACGAAGAUCCGGAAGUUCUUCAACCUGUCCAAGGAGGACGACGUCAGGAAGUACGUCGUGCGCCGGGAGGUGAAGAGCCAGAAGAAGGAGAAUGCGAAGCCCUAUACGAAGGCUCCCAAGAUCCAGCGAUUGGUAACCCCCGUCCGUCUCCAGCGCCGCCGUCACCUCCAUUCCCUCAAGCGUCGUCGUCUCGAACGCCAGAAGGAGCAGAAGACGGAGUUCGACGUUCUCAUCCAGAAGCGUGUUGCCGAGAAGAAGGAGAAGGUUGCGGCCGUCAGGGCAUCGCACAAGAAGGCAACUGCCUAAAAUACCUGUCGCCGGGUAUCCCCUCUUUCUAUGCGGUCGAUUGCUCUAUGGUUACCUACAGUCAUGUUUUCUUCACGACCUCUCGUUCGCAAUGCAUCCAUGUAACCUAUGGUGAUCUAUGGCAGUGAUUCGACCGUCAUCGCUCAGGU